CACAAUCGAAAUUUGAGAUGCUCAAUAAAAUUAUCAUCCAAAAGUAAUCACUUCCCAUGUUGUGUAGUCUCCAGUUGUUUCAAUACGUCCAUUUUGGUGGAAUUUACAGUUUGAGAUUGCGGAGACCUGGCAUUGUUGGCGGUGGAGUUCAUCUGAGAUCGUUAAGUGAAGAAAACAAUGAUCUGGGUGGCAACCAAGGUGAGUUUUUAGGCCUGGAUUUGGAGUCUCUGAAGAUUUUGUUGAAGCGGGGAGUCUUUAUUGGGGCAAUGCUUUAUUGUCUUUUGGUUUUCGUGUGCAAGAGAGUGCUCGCGAUGGAGGGAGUGGUGAAUGCAAGGUACGUAGUGAUUGAGCAGUGGGCAUUGUUGUUGAGGAAUGCGUGGCCCAAGGUUUCUAUGGUUCUUAAGAUUUUCAAAGAGCAAGGUGUGAUUUUGACUACACUUUUAGGUCUAUCUGCAUUCUUCUCAAUGGCAAAGACUUCUAUAACUACACUGUGGCCAUGGAAGGUUUGCUUUCUUGGUUUGAAGAUUGAUGGUUCUUAUAAUUAGUGAAUAGCAAUUGAAAUCUGAGUUUUAGUAUGGAAACAUCAAAAAAGUUGAAAAAGAUACAUAUAUGAAGUUGAAGAACAUUCAUAGUUAUUGAUUGUUAGUGUUUCAAUAACUUUUAUGGUUUAGAUAAAUAUAUGAAGUUUGUGGUUGUUGUGCAAUGGCAUUUGCUGACUUAAAUAUUGGGUUAAGUUUAGCAAAGAUUAAUCUGAUCUGCUAUUUCAAAUCUUGAUUGUGAAGUUCAUGCAGCAGUAUUACUGUUGUCUUGUUUGGUUUAGAGGAUGAUGUUGGUUUCUUAUAUGUUCAUGUGGUUCAUAUUAAUUCAUGGAAGGACAAGAUUUUUUUUUUUUAAAAAAUGUCACCAAGCCAUUGGGAAACUUUGGUCUCAUUGGUGAUUUAAUGCUAAUUUGUGUCAGCUUCGUAAGCUGGCUGAAAAAGAGUCUGAAGAUGGUGUAUUUCAAAUGCUUCACAGUGAUGUAACCUAGUUUUUUCACCACCAUUCUUUUUGGCACUACGUAGUAGUCUUUCCCAUCAUCACUUAACUAAUCCAGUUCUGUGUGUCUAGGAGACAAAUAGGAAUUCCUUGUAGAUGAAACUCAAAUGCUCUCUCAUAUAUUUGAAAUCAUUUUUCUUCUCGAGUUUAGAUAAGAGUGGAAUAUUCAGCAUGAGAACACAAAAAGUCUACAACUUACCAUGCAUGGGUUUUCUUUCUCUUUUGGAUUGCUUAUUUAAUAAUAUUUGUGCUCAUUU